AGGAGAGCCGGAGCGGUGAUGCAGACGGAGAGAGACGGGGUGGAAGGCUAUAUGCGGCCAGCUGAAGGGAGCUGAGUGACUGGCGGAGGAGGAGGCCAGAGAGCUGAGCUAGGGGAGCCACGGAUACCGCUAACCUGAUCCAUCUCCCGGAGACUGAUGAACGGAGGCAGGCGGGCGAUGAGCUGUUGUGACGGAAAUAACCCCAGCUGUAACCAGAGCUGCUAAUGAUGCUGCAGCCUUCAAAUACAUAGUGCAGCACAGUCAGAGGAGCAAGAGGAAAGGGACUACCCUUUUGGGGACCAGUAAGCCUGCCUACUAACAGCCGCACGUAGGUCCAUAAUACAGCCAGAACAGCAAGGACCAGGAAGGACUACCGAACUCCGAAUGAACACGUCAUUAAGGGAUCUGGAAGAAAAGAAAAAAACAAGCGGUGGUAAAUGAGAACAACUAUCUAAACAUAACAAAUGACAUCAGCUCAGGCUUCUCAGUUUCUGGAUGGCAGCAGUUUGCUAAUCCAACCUCCAUCCUGGAUCUUACGAAGUAAAACAAGGGAGGCUGGCAGUAGGAUAAUAGCACUGCCGGAUUGAGGAAGCUGACGACUGACAAGCCUGUGGGAAGACAAUGUAUAAAGCUGCUCAAUUUGUAGGUUGAUGCUCAGCUACUUCUCUGGAUUCAUUCCUGUCCUAAGCAAGAGGCUGACAGCAAAGCUCUGAGCGCAGACAUACAAAGUCCAUUCUCUCUGCAGAUAUGAAGUGCAGCAUCUUUGUAGCCUCUCUCCUGAUUAACAUGCACCUUGGCAGCACAUGGAAUGCUCGCUAUGCCGUGGACUGUCCAGAACGCUGCGACAGCAAUGAAUGCAAAAACGCCAUAAGGUGCAAGAGGACUGUGCUGGACGACUGUGGAUGUUGCAGGGUCUGCGCCGCAGUUGCUGGUGAAACUUGUUACCGGACUGUGUCUGGCAUGGAUGGAGUUAAAUGUGGACCUGGGCUGAAAUGUCAGUUUUUUACAGAAGAGGAUGAUUUUGGAGAUGAAUUUGGUACCUGCCGAGAAUGUCCGUAUGGGACCCAUGGGAUGGACUGCAGAGGAAUUUGUAAUUGUCCAUCCGGAAUAUGUGAUCGUGUUACCGGAAAAUGUUUGAAAUUUCCAUUUUUCCAAUUCACUGGAGCAAAGCCUGCCAACAAACUAAGGCCUCAUUCUAAUCCUGAUCUUGAAAUGGCUUCUGGAGAUGGAAACAGUGUCAAGCAAGAAGUGAAGGACAAAACAGCUCACUCACCUGGGAUAAAAUGGCUAAACCCACGCUGAUUGCUUCUUCAUUAUGGUGUUUAAGAACUUCCAUGUGGAUUUCAGACUGGAGAUGUGUUACACAAUGCAAUGGAUAUCACAAAUGAUCUGAAUGUAUUGCAGUCAACUCCCAAAAUGACACUGUUAAUUUAUAACAAUGGAGAAAUGAUUGAAGACUGUGGAAUAAUAAUCACAAGCCAGAUGUACACCUUUGUUCUUGAAAAUCAACUUGUCUUGUUAUGUAAAUGUGUUGGUAUAUAAAAUUUUAUUUUGGAUAAUUUUCAAGGUAUUUUCAAUUGUCUAGAACAGCGGUGUCCAAAAAAAGAAAAGAAAAAAAAUAUUGUGUAAGUCACACUUGCUGCAAAAAUUAGUACAAAACAAGCUAAAAAAAUAUAACAUUAUGCAAAUACAUUAUUACAGUUACUUACCUGAUUCUUCUUUGGGUAUAUCACUAUGUAAUGAAAUGACAGGGGGGAUGAGUUCUCUCCUGUGCAGGGCCAACCACUCCUGGAGGACUGCUGCUUUCCUAUACAGGGUACUUGCACAUAUUACCUUCUGCCACUGGGCAGGAUAGUCACUCAGCCCCACAAAAGUGUCUGUUUCUUGUCAUUUACAUGAUACCAUGAAGACAUUAAAUGUUGGAUGUCCAUUAUAAGCCACCACUAGUGCUCAGCCCCACAAGACUGUCUUUUUCUUGUCACCUUGCAUGAUACUAAGAACUUAGGCAUUAAAUGUAAGAUGUUCCUUUAAGCCACCACUAGUGCCCUGAUUUUGGUAGUACAGUAUGGAUUUGCAGAAAUCAAAAGUUGGCGUUUGUGGAUGAUCCAGGGGAGGUUUGGGUGGAUCAAUUGAGGGGUUUAUUUUGUCUCGAUUUUGCACAAGUGUUAUGUCCAUUGCAAUUGCGGCUUCUGCCUCCAACAACUGAUGCUCUACGGCUCUCCUAUGCAUCUGCAGCGCGUUGUUAAUGAGUGCCUACUUGCCCUAACAUAACAGUGUUGGACACAGUUGGUCUAGCUAUUGUAUCUGAUAUCAUUUUUAUGUGUAUUUAAAUAAAUGCUUUCUACAUUAGGA